CGCUCAUUGAAUUAUGCGUCGCGCCUCCUCGUCAUGACAACUGGCUGUGAGAUUGGAAUAUUGCAAGUGGUGUCCUAUAAGCCAGAGUCGAUGAGACCGCACUGAGGGAGAGAGAGAGGGUGAGGAGAGACUGUGGAAGCCGUGGAAUCUUCUUCAGUGCAGGCAUCGGGCUUCAAAAGCAUCCCUGCCACUGCAUCAGCCGUAUAUUUACAGCAUUUAUGGCUGCUGUUCCCAAACCAUGAAGGCUAAACGGAAGAUCCCCGCGCUGUUUCUCAGCCUCUGAUUGCUGCUCACAGCAUCAGAUACCAAGUGAGAGCAGCACGCAAGCGCGUAAAGAAGAGAUUGGACACCUGAUUUCGUGGGGUGUCUUUAGAGCGCUAUUCCACAUUUUAAGUCAAACAACCUGUGUGUUUUUUGUUUUUUUUUUAAUUAUUUUGAAAACAAGCCCUGGCACACCGUGGAUUAUGAUCAGCAUGGACAAAUGGGGAAAAGAGGACAGAUCCCUGCGUUGACUUUUGAAGCAACGCGCACAGUCUUGACGCUAUAGCGUUACGCAUUUAUUUUACUGUGAGCGCUUGUGGUUUUUUCCUCCUCUGUUUUAAUUCCACCCGCUGCUGCAUCUCAACCCUCUUAAAAAAGUCAAAUAUCUGUGGAUAAGGAACAGAGCAGGGUGUUGUCAGAGAGGGAUGAGAGGAGGAGGGGGCAGUAUGAGGUGUGCUUUUUUUGGAAAAGCCGGAGAAAGACGGACACCGAGAAGGUGUACUGAUGUGCGAAAGCCUGCGACGCGUUGCCCUCCUGAGAAAUAAUUUGGCGAUCCGAGAAGAAAUGGCCUAGUUAAAUAUUUUGUAAAAAAAUAAAGAUCAUCGACACGCCGACGAAGGACAGAAAAAGAAGAAUCGUGUUUAAAUGGACGGGCCAUCAUCAUCAUCAUCGUCAUCUUAAUUCCGGUGCUUGCAUCGCGUCUUUUAGGUUUAACUGGCGUCCUGACCACAGCUCUGGACCCAUCAGGAGUUCCAAAGAGGGAGACGAAUGAGACCACAGAGUCUACCUGAGAAUGCUACCUGUCCCUCGGCCUCACCAUGUCACCCUAGGAACACUGCUAACCGGCCCCCUUCCACUAAUCCUCUUUUUGCCUUUGUCAUCUCCCAUAACCCACUGAGUUUGUGAUCCCUCUCUGCACUCAGCUGAAGUCCCUGUGAUAUGAGUACAAGAGCUUUUAUUUUGGACAUGUUGUUUUCUCCGUUUAAUGCUGCCAGCCACCAAGGCUAUGGUGGGAAGCGUCACUAUACUUCUCAGCAGGUUGCUAAUCACUGUCUGGUGUGGCUCUUGGGACUAGUGCUACACCUGACCCUUUCCUCAUGUCAACGAGUUGACCUGAAACACCCAAUAGUAUCCACAGGCUAUGGAAAGGUCCGUGGUAUCAGGAAGGAGCUCAACAACGAGAUCUUGGGCCCAGUGGAACAGUAUUUAGGUGUGCCAUAUGCCACCGCUCCUAUCGGCGAGCGUCGCUUCCAGCCUCCUGAAGCUCCAGGCUCCUGGCAAGAGAUUCGCAACGCCACUCAUUUUGCACCCGUGUGUCCCCAGAAUGUGCACGGUGUUUUACCAGAGAUCAUGCUGCCAGUUUGGUUCACAGACAACCUCGAUGCUGCAGCGACCUAUGUUCAGAACCAGAGUGAGGACUGCCUUUACCUCAACAUUUAUGUACCCACUGAAGAUGGUCCGCUCACAAAAAAGCAUGAUGAGUCUACAAUGAACAGACCCAGGGAUGAAGAUAUUCGGGAUCGUCGUAAGAAACCGGUGAUGCUGUUCAUCCACGGAGGCUCCUACAUGGAGGGCUCAGGGAACAUGUUUGAUGGAAGCGUCCUUGCUGCUUACGGAAACGUAAUUGUGGUCACCAUGAACUAUCGGCUCGGUGUGCUUGGGUUUCUGAGCACAGGGGACCAGUCUGCUAAGGGAAACUAUGGCUUGUUGGACCAGAUCCAGGCCCUGCGCUGGCUCAAUGAAAACAUUGGCCACUUUGGAGGAGACCCAGAGAGAAUCACCAUCUUUGGCUCAGGAGCUGGUGCCGCCUGUGUGAACCUUCUCAUCCUCUCCCACCACUCUGAGGGCCUCUUCCAGAGAGCCAUUGCUCAGAGUGGCUCGGCCAUCUCCAGCUGGUCAGUGAACUACCGACCACUGAUGUUCACCAAGAUCUUGGCCAAGAAGGUCGGCUGCACUCUGGGGGACAUGGCUGAGCUGGUGGACUGCCUGCGGAGGAAGAGCUUUCGGGAGCUGGUGGACCAAGACAUCCAGCCUGCACGCUACCACAUCGCCUUUGGGCCUGUGGUAGACGGGGACGUGGUGCCAGAUGACCCGGAGAUCCUCAUGCAGCAGGGCGAGUUCCUCAACUACGACAUAUUGCUGGGUGUCAACCAGGGAGAGGGCCUGAAGUUUGUGGAUGACAGUGAAGGAGAAGAUGGAAUAUCAGCUGCCUCAUUUGAUUACACUAUCUCCAACUUUGUGGACAAUCUGUAUGGAUACCCUGAUGGUAAAGAUAUCCUGAGGGAAACCAUAAAAUUCAUGUACACAGACUGGGCUGACAGGGACAACACUGACAUGCGUAGGAAGAACCUCCUGGCUCUGUUCACGGACCAUCAGUGGGUGGCCCCGGCUGUCGCCACCGCCAAACUGCACGCUGAGUUCCAGUCGCCUGUCUACUUCUAUACCUUCCACCACCACUGUCAGACCGAGGCGAGGCCAGACUGGGCAGACGCUGCCCAUGGGGAUGAGAUCGCCUAUGUGUUUGGGAUUCCCAUGGUGGGAGCCACUGACCUGUUUCCCUGUAACUUCUCCAAGAACGAUGUGAUGCUCAGUGCUGUGGUCAUGACGUACUGGACCAACUUUGCCAAGACAGGGGAUCCUAACUCACCAGUUCCUCAGGACACCACUUUCAUCCACACUAAGCCUAACCGUUUUGAGGAGGUCAUCUGGACCAAGUUCAGCUCUAAAGACAAGCAGUACUUGCACAUUGGCCUGAAGCCUCGCGUCAGAGAUAACUACCGUGCCAACAAGGUGGCGUUUUGGCUGGAGCUGGUGCCACAUCUCCACAGCCUACACGAAGAAAUCAUUAGCUCCAUCACCACUCGCCUGCCGCCCGGAGGCUCCGGCCGCCGAAAGACCACCCAUCUUGGCGCCGGCUCCACACGGCACCCCGUGAUCUCCACCUAUCCACCGGAUCCUGAGCCCGACGGUUCGGAGAGACCCCGCUACCCUCCCUUCCCCAGUGAGACGAGGGACUACUCCACCGAGCUCAGUGUGACGGUAGCUGUCGGCGCCUCACUUCUUUUCCUGAAUGUGCUCGCCUUUGCCGCGCUUUACUACAAACGGGAUAAACGCCAUGAACUCAUGCAGAGACGCCACCGCCGACUCUCCCCGCAGCGUGGCACGACAAUGGGCAUGGGUGUUGGCAUGGGAGUCGUGGGGGCCCCACCGCACAAUGACCUGGCGCUGAGUCAGGAGGAGGAGCUAAUGUCACUGCAGAUGAAGCAGCAGAGGGUAGAGCUGGAGCACGGGACACCCCUCCCUUCCCGCGGCGUCCACGGCGACCUGGAACCCCUGCGGCCUCCAGUGUGCCCACCCGACUACACGCUGGCCCUGCGGCGGGCACCGGAGGAUGUGCCACUGAUGACAGCCAAUACCAUUACCAUGAUCCCCAGCACCAUCAGCAGCAUGCAGCCCCUCCACCCGUUCAACACGUAUCCGCCCGUCCCGGCGCCCUCCACUACACCCGUCCCCAGCCACAGCAACAAUGCCCUGCCACACCAACACUCCACCACCCGUGUAUAGGACCAGGCACAAGCUCUGCUACCCCACUCUGGGCUUACAGAGAUGCACCACACAAACUGCUCCAUACAAACUUCACCCUCACCACCCUCUAUUCUUCUUUACUAUAUUUUUGUCUUUUCUCAUUAAGCCCUCAAAUAAAGCUGCAGUUUGUAAGAUCUGAAGCAGUGAAAUACCUCUAAACUGUAACCAUAACUCAAGGGGAACUUGAUUGAAAAGCUCCUUUGCCAAAAGCCUGUCAUCUUAGGUAGAUACUGCUUUUCCCUACUGAGGCUCUUUGAAUACCCGAUGCUUAGGACAGCCACCUGAACAUGCAGCUAUACGCUUGUAGCUCUCUCAAAGAGGCAUCGAGCGAAUCACAAUCGGUCUAAUGUGUAGCUUGGUUGUUUUUUGCGCAUGUGUUGUUGUGUCAGUGUAAAGCUAUGUUUAACAUAGAAUACAAAUAUUCAUUUCCAUUCAGUUAGUGAAAAGACAACACAGUAGCGAGCAGCUUUGUAUGAGGCAACAUAUGUCCCGACAAGCUGUCUGUCAUAAAGCGCUGAUUUGUUGAAACUUACAAAUUGCAGCUUUAAAGGCCCAAUCUGGAAGUGAAAUUUGGCACCCUGUGUUGAGCACUAUGUCCCAACAGCUAUCCCUGCAUUGUGACUUUGGAGAUUAUUGUUUAGUGUGAAAUGUUUCGACACGGCUGGGAGAACAACAUUGAACACUAUUCGACAGCAAAGUAUGAGUUUUUCAUUUUAAAACUUCACUUCUAUUUACAAAUGUAUAUUUUCAGUUCCGAUGCUACCUAAAUACCAUCAAAUGUUCUUUUUAAAAAUCUGUACACUCACUUGCUGCUGCUUUCAAAACAUUUCCAGAUUGGGGCUUCAACUGUUGGGCAGCACAGGAAAUAUCUGAAUCCUACUCAGUCCGUGGGAUGCAACCUGGAAUCCAGGCUGCCCAUUAGAGCUCGCUGCAUCUCCGCCUCACAGUCUCUAAUCAUGUCCAUUACUUUAUUUGUUUCUCACUCAUUAUCUCUCUGUCUGUAUUCCCACCUCAGCUCAUUUAACUGCUUCUCUCUUUCCGCCGCCUCAUGCUCUUUCUCGCUCUGCAUCCGCCCCUUGUAGCUCUUUUUAUUAAACCAUUGACAUAAUCCAUUUUCAUCUCCACUUCUCUCCUCUUUCUCGCAAUCACUUCUAGACUCUUUUUUCCUUUUGGAGUCUUUUAUACAAAAACACAAAUGUAAAUGAUGUAUUAUUAAUAAAUUGUAAGGAUAUGAAUGAAAAAAAAGAUAUUCUGAUAUCUCGUUUUUACCAGCAUUCUUGGUGCCAAGUACUGUGAUAAAGUUCCUCUUUCACUGGCGUCCAGUGGACCGCCUGGAGAGGUCCAUCCUGACUGUAUCUUACAAAAGGAAUUACCAUCAUAAAAAGUGCCAACCCCUUCAUCUUUCUUUUUGAACCCCACACACUUCUUCUUCUUUUCUUUUUUUCAAAUAACACGCAAUGUUGCACUGUGGCUGGUCUCUUCUUUAAAGGGAAAUCAGAUUCAAUAUAUCCUCAUUUAAGAAAAAAAAAGAAUAUAAAGUUUUAUUAACUACUUUGCUGUGUGGGAUAUUUGCAUGAUGUUUUUUCUUUUCUAAAGCGUGUGGACAAAGCAGUUUGUUUGUCAUUUUGAUGAUUUGCCUUGUUCUUCAUUAUUUGUUUUUUUGUUUUGAAAGUCAUUUUCAUUUUCUAUUUUAAUAUCAGCUGCACUUUGUGGUACUUCAGAAAGUAUUAAAGUAUUAAGAGAUGAAUAUUGUGUAAAACUAUAACAAAGAGAGUAAAUAUUUCCUCUUUAUUUUUUUCAUUUCCUAACACUGAGGCUGUGCCGCAAAACUACCAGAAAGACUGAUGAAAGCCUUUUUAAUCCCCUCUUUCCUCUUUUUGCUUUUUGCUGUUUCUCUUUAUCUUUUGCAACUGUCAAGUUUGCACAGUCACUGUCUCUCAAUCUCACCUGAAGAUAGCACUUUUUUAAGUUACAAAAAAAAAAAGAAAUGACUACUUUACAGGAAUAGUCUAAAUAAGGUUUCUGUCUGUGACUGACAUUAACCACAUGCUUCAAGUGUUUGAAGACUGCCUGACAGUUAUGUUUUCGUCUGCUCUUUUGUUGUUUCAUGAUUCUCGCUUCUGUAAGGCGGGAGAGAGGAUGAGAUAUAUUUAUGGUCAAAAGGUGAGAGAGCCUUGUAUGCGCGUUUCACAUCUUUCGCACAAUUGAGCACAGAGACGGGUCACACUCUGGACAAUUCUGAAAAAAAAAACAAAAGGAAAAAGAAACAAACCCCAGUGACAUUAGGACAACACUGGACAAACGCAGACAGUGAUUCAGUGGUGAUGACGAAAAAGCUCGUCAACAGUAUGAUCUGUCAAUGCACAGAGGAUGCGUUCUAAAUACCUGAUUUAACAGACAUUACUCACACACCAUAAACCACGAAAGCAAAAGGCGAGCGGGAUUAAUUCCCCCUGCCUUCCUUGCAACGUCCAGUAUCCUGUCUGCUCAGGAUAACGACACUCUGGAGCCAGACUGCCAUCCCUCACGCUGGACUGGAGCGAGCUGCGAGGACAAAAAGAACAAAAACCAACACAUAAAAACAAACUGUACAUUUUUUAAGUGUAAGAGAACAAACUGGAAUUUGUAAAUAUUAUGUUUGUCGUUUGGUUUGAGUGAUUGGCCGGAUCUUUUCUUUGUGACAACAGGUGCAAGUUUAGAUGACUUAAAUGAUUUUAGCACUCAUGCGUACAGUAUGUUUGAUUCUCCUUUAUUUCCUUGAUCUCAGCGUCAAAUCCCAAUGGGCACAUGAGUACAUUUGGUAACAUAGAUGAAUGAAUUUUAAAAGAAAAAAAAAGAAAAAAUCACAGCAUGGUGGAGGUCACCAUAAACAUGAAAAGGAAUGCUUACGGCUCAGGUUAGCCCAGAUAUUGUGAUUUUUUUUAGAAAAGAAAAAAGUUCUUACUGCAUAUAUACCGUACACCUGGCACUAUCCCAUCAAUCAUGAAGGCAGCUUUUGAGUGAAAUGAGUCCUUUGAUUGGUUAAAAAAGCCAAAGAACAGCUGCAGAAAACAGAUGAAGGAAGGCGAAAUGGGAAAGAUGUGUGAAAUGAGGCAGAAAAACAACAUAUAGGGUGGAUAUUUCAAAUGUGCUCCAAACAAAACCACAAAUCAAGGAAAUUUUACUUGUGAUACUGUUGGAUUUAAUUGUUAGUGUCUCACAUUGUCUUGAGCAUUGUCAUACAGUAUAACCUGUAAUUGGGAGAUUGUGGAAUCCUUUGUACUCUUUUGGUCUUAUUUCAGACUCUCAUCAUGGUGGUUGUUUUGAUACCUUUUGCAAUUUUGUCUGCACAUUCUGUUUAUGGGAUUACUGACCCAGCUGUUUGAUGUGUGUUGCUCACGCUUCCAAAAAACAGCAUUACAAAAUUAAAUUGUUUAUUGUUUUGUUUUGUUUUUUUAAUUUUUGUUGGAAACAAGGAUUUGGACCAGCCAACAGAUAAUGGAAGCACACUCACCAAGUUUACAUGUUUACACUACAGUUUUGAUGUUGGCUUAAGGUAAGGGUGGAGAGAAAAACAAAAGGAACAUUACACGGAUCCAAAUAUCUUCUUCUUCUAACAUUUACUGCUGGAAUGGUAAAGUGAAGGCUUGCACCUGUUUGUCUGUUUCAUUUAGUCUGAUUCAGUAACCUGCUUGAGGCUCAAGAUACUGUGAGAGAGCAUAAUGACCAGGAGGGGUUGAAAGAAUUAAAGUUAAUAUUUCUAUUUCAAAUAGAGGCUAUUACACACUGAAUGUUGUGUAUCUGAACUGGAAAACAUUAAAAGACAUUCUUAAACAAA